GACAUCUCAAACAUUAUUGCUUUUGACGGGACUGGACACUCAACAACGGGGUUUGGAGGCGUUGGGAACAUGGAUCACUACGCAAGGCGUUUUAUCUUUUAGGACAGGGCAAUCGACAAGGCACAAGGGCAGCCACACGGGCACAAGACGACGAACAUACCACACGAGACAGAGAGAGAAUUAUGUGGAGCAACUUAUUCGGGAUUGGUGGUUACUUUUUGUUUCGCGUUCAUGGAAAGAUUGCAUGUCUGGUGAUUUAUCAACGUCUGGAUGGGAGAUUCUGUGACUGGAAUUUGGGAGUGGUGGGGCCCGCGAAGGCAUUCAUCCCCUUUCUUCCUUUUCCCUCGUUCCACUUUUGUUUUCCUUUUCUUUUUCUCACUUUGUGUUGUACAAGUGCAUGGCAUGGUAUAGCAUGGCAAGAUUGCACUGCACCUGUUGUUAUUUCCGUUUCGGGUUGUUUUCACUUCUUUCCUUGACUUGUUGAUUGUUGCUUCACGAGGGACAAAAGGCAGGCUAGGCUACAAUUACUGAAACAUUUGAGAUUCUCUU